AUUACUCAGACGGUGGCGAUUCCAGACGGUCGAUCGUCGAAGCAGUUGAAGUUCAAAGGGUUUCGGUAUGUCACCAAGACUAAUCAUACAGGACAAGAGCGACAACGACGAGAUGUACCUGACACCCGUACCUGUGUCCAUCAGGACGAAACAGUUCCGUCACAAAGUCAGUCGAGUCCUUCCACUGCAAGUCGCUGAGACGAGCUGUAUCGCUGGAGGGACCGGAAUAGACGUCUGUGCACCUUAUAAAGUCGAGAAGGAGCUACACAUCACCCAGAACAGCACCGUCCACAGAAGGAAGGCAACGAGAGGGCCUAAGAAAUGCCAGAACAGUAGCAGAUCUGGAGCAGCAAAUCGAUUGCACUGCCACAACCACAGAAAACCUAAAACUAGUUAGACAAUUCACGGGCUGGUUUUGGCUGAUUUAUACCAUGAAUAUGUAUAUAUAAUGUGUAUAUAUUAUAGUAGUGGAUUUUAUAUGUACAACAAAGAACCGUACAUAAGUUUACCACAGCGACGACGGACCUAAUCAAACCGGAGGUGUAUGUACUAAUGAAGAAAACCAACAUAAGAAUAUGCAGAAGUGGCCAUCGCUAGGAGGAGCCAGAACAUACAUUUGUGCGGCUUGAAAAUUCUGAACAGAGGGGGGCACACAACAUCCAGAACAGCGCCAUCGACAGAAGGAGGGUAACAUGAGGGAAGUAGAGGCCAGUAGCAGAGCCAAGACGUACAGCCGAUAGAUUGCGAUCAUACUUGUACAUGAUUGUAUAGAUAACCUGACAUGACACCAGUUAUAGAAUUCACGGAUUGACUGAUUGAUUGACUGUUUAUAGAACGAAUAUGUAUUUUAGUGUAUACAUUGUAGUAGUUGAUUUUAUAUGUAUAUGAGUGGACCGUAGAUGAAAUAACCGUUGUUUUGUGGUGUGACAAGACCUGUCUGUUUGAUACGCCAAAAUGUGACCACGAGAUAUAAUGAAUAUUUGUAUGACAGAGAGUCAGAGAGUUAGCGAGGUUAGCGAGGCCAGCAUU